ACAUUAGAUAUCACAUCAUGAAGCAAAAAUAGGAAAUUGCUUAGCACAGAUCUCAGAACUAAAAAAUUACGAACAGAGUUAAAAGUAAUGAACGAAGAACCGCAUUGCAUUCACCAAAAUCACUGUAAUAAAAACUCAGGCGAAGCGUCACAGUCACUCUCUCUUCCCUCACACAAAAAAGACUCUCACAAACACACUCACUCACCAUAGGCUUAGGGUUCCUCUGUUCUUCUUCUUCUUCUUCUUUUCUAACUUCUUCUAAUCUGAAAGCUGAGAAAAUUCACAUUUCCCGGAACACCCUUUUUGCUGCACAUGGCGAAAACGAGGCCAGGGAGGAAGGACUUGGACUCGUACACCAUAAGAGGAACCAACAAGAUCGUAAGAGCUGGAGACUGCGUUCUGAUGCGGCCCUCGGACACGUCGAAGCCACCCUACGUGGCGCGCGUGGAGAAGAUCGAGCAAGACAACAGGAACAACGUGAAGGUUCGUGUGAAGUGGUAUUAUAGGCCUGAAGAGUCGAUUGGGGGUCGAAGGCAGUUCCAUGGUGCUAAGGAACUGUUUCUUUCUGACCACUAUGAUGUGCAGAGUGCUCACACUAUUGAAGGAAAGUGUUUGGUUCACUCUUUCAAGAACUAUACUAAGCUUGAGAAUGUAGGUGCUGAGGAUUACUAUUGUAGAUUUGAGUACAAGGCUGCUACUGGGGCUUUCACUCCUGACCGUGUUGCUGUGUAUUGCAAAUGUGAGAUGCCUUAUAACCCGGAUGACCUCAUGGUACAAUGUGAAGGGUGCAAGGAUUGGUACCAUCCUGCUUGCGUGGGCAUGACUAUUGAAGAAGCAAAGAAACUAGAUCAUUUUGUAUGUUCCGAAUGUUUGUCUGAUGAUGAUAUGAGGAAACCUCAUGCUACAUUUUCUGCAUCGCCUGGAGCUGAUGGCAAGGUGGAGCCGAAGCGGCGUAAGAGAUGACCAUAAUGCAGAAGUAACCUGGGGAGGUGUGAGUAUGGCUGAAUGGUAGCUUUUGUGUGUGUUGUACAGCUUCUUCUAGAGGCUAUAAACAUUUUAUGUAUUUGACUCAGGCUAUGUAUGUAUCCAUGUUAGAUUUUAUGACAUUCAUCUGUUUUCCUUUGUUCACUGAGAACAACUCCGAUCCAAGUGUUAAUUCUCUAUUGAUUCAAUGUUGUU